AUGAGCAACCCGAGCUACCCUAUGCAGUCUCAACUGAUCUACCCGCAGCAGCAGCAACAGCAGCAGCAGCAGCAGCUACUGCAGCAACAGCUGCUGCAGCAGCAGCAAGAAGAACAGCACAUGCAGCUGAUGGCUGUGCUGCAGCAGCAGGAGCAGCGAAUCCUUCAGCGGGAGCAGCAUCUCCUGGCUACCGAUAUCUCCAAUAGCUCUGCGCUGGGCGAAGCAACAGCAGCAACAGCAGCAGCAGCAGCAGCAGCAGCAGCAGCACAGGACUCCCUGCAUAGAAGACAGGAAGCUUACACACUUCCUCAGCAUGACGCGAUGCACUGGAGCACCCAGCAGCAGCAGCAGCAGCAGCAGCAGCAGCAGCAGCAACCGAUAGAAUAUUUUACAGCUCCUGCUGGCUUCGCGUCCUCUACAUCUCGUCUGCCCGGUUCUGUGCCGUUUGCCUAUUCCUCCGGCCCCUCCCUGCAGCAGCAGCAGCAGCAGCAGCAGCAGCAGCGGCAGCAGCAGCAGCAGCAGCAGCCGCACGUGAUUGCUGGCCACCGCCCCCAGUCUGCAACAGUUGGUUAUAAUAGGCAGCAGCAGCAGCAGCCGCACGUGAUUGCUGGCCACCGCCCCCAGUCUGCAACAGUUGGUUAUAAUAAAAGUUUUGGCGUGAAGGAGAAGGGGAGGGUGUGGGGUGUAACGCGAGCUGUGGUGGUGGGGUGUACCGCGUUGAAUUGGCUGGUUAGAGACGCCGUCCCAGGCGACAGCGCGUUGAAUUGGCUGGUUAGAGACGCCGUCCCAGGCGACAGGCUCUUCUUUUACUUCAGCGGGCACAGCACCCAAGUAGACAACCUCUCGGCGUACGAGGGAGAGGGGUAUGAUGAGGCGCUGCUGCCUGUUGACUUCGAUUCCUUGGGCAGCGAAGAAGACGCUAAUCUGCUCCUCACCACUCACGUUAAGGAGGUGCUGCUGAGCGUCUCCGCUGACGUGCAUGUGUGCAUGAUACUGGAUACCUGCGGCUGUCAGACGAUCCUCGACCCAGCAGGCACAGGCAGCGUCUGGACCUUCAUCAAGGGUUAG